UUAAAUCACCGUUAUCUCUUGGAAGGAAUGUUUGCAGCUUGUGGAGCUGGAGCUGAUCAAUUCAAAACCGUCUGUUCCUCCAUAGAUAAACUAGACAAAGUACCCUGGAAUGAGGUAGAAGAAGAACUUAUCAAAGAGAAGGGUUUGACUAAAGAAAACACUGAGAAAUUGGGACAGUUCGUUAGGUUACGAGAAUUUAAUCCCUCCAUGGCAAAUGUUGAGCUUUUAAACAAGUUGAUGGAGUUUGAUGAGCUUUCAAAGAACCCGAAGUUCAAAAAAGGCAUUGAAGAGCUCAAGGUGCUUGUAAACUACUGCGCACUCUUUGGGGUUGAUACGGUCAGAUUUGAUCCAUCUUUAGCAAGAGGUUUAGACUAUUAUACGGGUGCUAUUUAUGAAGCCGUUGUUCCUAAAGCGUUGGAGGGUGUCAAUCUGGAAGCAAACGGUGAGGAGCAGAAAGGGCUGCCAGUCGGUGUAGGGUCGGUUGCUGCUGGAGGAAGAUACGAUGAGCUAGUUGGCAAUUUCAUAGGACCAACAGGCUCCAAAGGAAAGGAAAAGCGACAAGAUGUACCAUGUGUUGGAGUUUCUUUUGGAAUUGAACGAUUGUUUGCGAUCAUGGAAGCAAAAAUGCAGAUUGAACAAAUGCAAGUUCGUACCACUGAGACGCAAGUUUUCAUUGCAUCCGCCCAGAAGAACCUUUUGCAAGAACGAAUGAAGCUUUGCGGUCAACUUUGGGAUGAGGGUUUCAAAGUGGAAAUGGCUUACAAAGCAAAUCCCAAAUUGCUGACCCAGUUGCAGUAUUGUGAGGACCGACUUAUUCCAUUAGUAUUGAUUGUCGGAGAACGUGAAUUACAAGAAGGAGUAGUUAAGCUGCGAAACGUGAAAACGAGGGAAGAAGAGGAUGUACCGCUCGCCAACUUGGCGGAUACGCUUCGAUCUGCUCUUUCCUCCAUGUAA